GCAGCUGUUCCUCGUAUCUUCUUAAUUAAAACAACUUGUGCCACUCCAUAUGAAAAACAUCAAAUUUUUGGCAAUAUGGAGUGGGAUACUUACACUUUAUAUUAUGCUUUAGGUGUACAAAAACUACUACUGAAGAAGAGCCUAGAACUAAGAUACCACCCAGAUAGAAAUCCAAAUGCUACCGAUCAG